AUGUCUGAGACAAUCACGAUUAAAAAUUUCUCCUCUUUACUUUCUCUUCCUCCGUUGAAAAAACUCAAAGAGUACAAAAUUGCGCGUCUUACCGCACCGGGAGAGAACUACGGAAGUCUCAUGUUGAGCGUUGAUGUGACUCUUGACACUUCCGGCGGAAAUGAAAAUAUACAUCUUGUGGCGAAAAUGGUGCCCCCGAAUGUCGCUAUUCAAGAAAUUUUCAACACUUCAGUCACAUUCCGGAACGAAAUUGAAUUCUAUCGAAAAAUAGUGCCAACCCUGGAAAACUUUCAACUUCAAUUUGGAUCGGAAGUUGUCGAUUUCUACCCCAAGUACUUCGGGAGUCGACUCAACCUCACCGGAAGUGAACACGUUGAUUCAGACGCUAUUCUCUUAUUGGAGAAUUUGAAAAUUGCGAAUUAUGUGGGUGUGGAUCGGAGUGCCGGACUCGACAUGCCCAUCACUCGACUCAUUUUGCGAAAUUUGGCAGCACUGCAUGCCGUACCAAUUGGGUUGAAGUUGCACAAACCGGAAGUAUUCAAUACGGAAGUGCGACCAUAUUUAUCACCAUGGUUACCGAAGAAAGAAAUGCAUGAUAAGUAUAGAGCGGCCAUUGUGGAAAUGGUGGCUCAAAUUCCGGAAAUCUCCCACUUGGAGAAGCGUAUCCUGGAAGGGUUUGAUCGGGAAUUGCUCCCGGAAAUCCCACGGGAACCUUUUGCAACAAUUGCUCAUAAUGAUUGUUGGGUGAGCAAUAGUUUGGUCAAGUUUGAUAAACAGGAGGCUGUGGAUUGCAAAUUGGUUGAUUAUCAAGUGUGCGGGUAUGGGUCUCCAGCCCGGGAUGUGCUCUUUUUUCUCUUUUCAAGUGUCAAAAUUGAGGUUUUGGAACGGUGGUUUGAGGACCUCCUCAAAUGGUAUUACGAGAAUUUUAUUUCUCUACUCAAAGGAGUUAAAUGUGAUGUUCAGAAGUUUGGUUUUGAGGAGUUUGAGAAAGAGCUUGAUUUUGAGGCAAGGAAUUCGCAGUUCGGUCAUGUGGCUUUUAUGCUUUUUGUUGUUUUUACUGAUAAGAGUAAAGUAAAGGAUAUUUCGGAAUUUUCCGUUGAUAAUAUUAUAGCAGGAGCUGGUAGUGAGGAACAUAAAAGGAAGUUUGCUUUCGUUGUUAAGGAGUUUGCCAAAAGGAAUUGGAUUUGAAGAUUUGGUGGUCUUAAUUGAAAAAAAAUGUGUUUGAACUAUGAUAAACAUAAACAUAAUUACUUACAGUGCAGAUAAGAUUAGAAAAUAAUAGCACAUUUAAUGUUAUGAUAACAGAUGAUGUAUUGAAUUGAGAUAAUAAAUAUAUGGGUGAUAAGUGAAAA